AUGCCUACUGUCUUGCCCACAAAUUUAACCAAAGAACAAGAGGAAGGUUAUCUUUUACAACUGCAGAUUGAAGAAGUGAGCAGGAAAUUAAGGAGUGGAGACCUUGGAAUACCUCCUAAUCCAGAAGACAGGUCUCCGUCCCCUGAACCGAUAUACAGUCACGAUGGUAAAAGAUUGAACACGAGAGAAUACAGGACGAGGAAAGCACUGGAAGAAGAAAGACAUUCAUUGAUAAUAAGGAUGCAAUCGAUAAAUCCUGAUUUCAAACCGCCGGCGGAUUACAAACCGCCUUUGGUGAGAGUGAGCGAUAAAGUCAUGAUACCCCAAGAAGAUCAUCCGGAUAUAAAUUUCGUAGGUUUGCUCAUUGGACCGAGGGGAAACACGUUAAAAACCAUGGAAAAAGACACGGGUGCUAAAAUAAUAAUAAGAGGAAAAGGUUCCGUGAAAGAGGGUAAAGUCGGUAGGAAAGACGGUCAACCCCUUCCGGGAGAAGACGAACCCCUUCACGCUUACGUCACGGCCAACAAUCCCGAAGCCGUGAAAAAAGCCGUUGAAAAAAUAAAAGAAGUCAUCAGGCAGGGAGUCGAAGUUCCCGAGGGACAAAACGAUCUUAGGAGAAAUCAAUUGAGAGAAUUGGCACUGCUCAAUGGAACUCUGAGAGAAGUCGAUGGACCCAGGUGUAGUAAUUGCGGUGCGACGGAUCACAAGCAAUGGAUGUGUCCCGAUAAACCGAACGUAACGAAAUCGAUCGUUUGUUCGACUUGCGGCGGUUCCGGACACAUAGCAAGAGAUUGUAGGAAUAAGAGACCGGGUGGAGUUGCUCAAACGACAGGAACGGAAAGUAGGAAAAUCGAUCAAGAAUACAUGUCUCUCAUGGCCGAAUUGGGUGAAGUUCCACCGCAAGGUAGAGAUGGAGACAAUAAUAAAAAUAAUAAUAAUAAUAACAAUAGGUGA